UCUCUCUUUCUCUCUCUGUGUGUGCAUAGAUGAGAGAGAAAUGCACAUGAUGCUCUCGAGCUCAACUAACCUUUGUUUGUUUAGUUAAUGGCACGAGCCCCACCUAACAGUCCUGCACUCACCUUCCAUUCUUCUCCUGCUAAGCUCCAGAGAAAGCUUCUCCUCCUCUUUCGCAAACCGUAUAAAAUCUCGCCUCUGAAAUCGAGCCCGAUCCGAGGCUUCCGCGGAUGGUGCUCACGAUCAUGGAGGCCAAGGGGAAGGAUGCAUGGGGGCUACUGCUCGUGCUCCUCCUUGGCCAGCUCGUCGCCUUCUCCAUGGCCGUCUCCAGCUUCACCUCCUCCCUCAUUGCCACACUUGGGGUUGAUGCGCCGCUCACGCAGUCUUUCUUCGCGUACUUGUUGUUGACCUUGGUUUAUGUGCCAAUCCUCUUGAAACGACGGCAAAAGCUGCAGAUACCUUGGUAUUGGUACCUAGCCUUGGCCUUCAUUGAUGUCCAAGGAAAUUAUCUUGUCGUCAAGGCGUACCAGUACUCGUACAUCACCAGCGUAACACUGUUGGAUUGCUGGACUGUUGUUUGGGUCGUCAUACUCACCUGGUAUGCAUUGGGCACAAGAUAUUCUUUCUGGCAAAUUGUUGGGGCAGGGACCUGUGUGGCAGGGCUUGCUCUUGUGCUCCUUUCAGAUUCAAAAUCAGCAGAUGCACAAGAUCCGAGUAAAAUACCACUUCUAGGAGAUGCCCUUGUCAUUGCCGGGACAAUAUUUUUUGCAUUUAGCAAUGUUGGUGAGGAAUACUGUGUCAAGAAAAAAGAUCGAGUUGAAUUUGUUGCCAUGUUUGCACUCUUUGGGUUGCUUGUCAGUAUAAUUCAGAUAUUAAUAUUUGAAAAGAAGAACUUAGUUGCAAUUGCCUGGUCUCCAACAAUGUUAUGUCUGUUCGCAGGAUUUGCAGUGGCACUAUUUAUGUUCUACAGCAUCACUCCUUUUGUCCUUAAGAUGAGUGGAUCAACAUUGUUCAACCUUUCACUCCUAACAUCCGACAUGUGGGCAGUCGCCAUUCGAGUUUUAUUCUAUCACCAACAGAUAAACUGGCUGUACUAUAUAGCGUUCGCAGUUGUGGCCAUUGGAUUGAUCAUCUAUUCGCUGAAUGACCAUUCUUCGGACAGUGGAACAAGAACAACUGCAAAUACAGAAGCAGCAGCCCAAUACCAGCAACUUCCAGGAGAGAAUAAUUCAACAGGAAUUGGUUCGAACGACAGCCAAGAAAGGAAACAAGAGGAGGAAGUUCAUAUCUGUUAGUGGGGGUCAAUGUACAAAGUCACCUCCCGGUGUUGAAUUUGGGCAUAAUUACAUAUGGUUACAAAGGGCAAAAAAAAAAAAGAAUAUGCUAGGGGGAAAGCACCGGAGUUUUGUUUGCCCUCUAUAACUACAACCAGUUGAUGAUCCAUUGUCAUCUGCCUGCCACCAAGGUCCAGCUCUCUUAAGUGUUUUGUGAGAGAUCUUUUAGAAUCCUUGUAUAUAUAUGUUUUCCUUUGUUUUUUGAAACCCCUGCUUUAUCAAUAGGGUGUAUUAGGCAAUUUAUUUUCCCUAUAUAUCCUUCAAAAACAAAUGUAAGCAACAACAAAUUGAACAUAUUGGAGGCAUGGAUACAUAUACAAGUUAUUUUAAAUGAAAGUAUAACUUUCCAUCUCUGCA